AGGCAAUUUCCAUGUUCUGAGUGUGGGAAAUGUUUUACACUAAAAUCAAUUCUUAUUUCACAUCAGAGAAUUCACACAGGUCAGCGGCCAUUUGCAUGUUCUGAAUGUGGAAAAUGUUUUAAACGCAAAUCAGCUGUUGUUACACAUCAGAGAAGUCACACAGGUGAGAAGCCAUUUCAAUGCUCUGUAUGUGGGAAAUGUUUUACACGUAAAUCAGCAUGUACUAGACAUCAGAGACAUCACACAGGUGAUAUGUCCUUUCCAUGCUCUGAGUGUGGGAAAUGUUUUACACGUAAAGCAUGUCUUGUUAGACAUCUGAGAAAUCACACAGGCGAGAGACCAUUUCCUUGUUCUGAGUGUGGGAAAUGUUUUACACGCAAAUCAUUUCUUGUUGCACAUCAGAGAACUCACACAGGUGAGAAGCCAUUUCCAUGUUCUGAAUGUGGGAAAUGUUUUAUACAAAACUCAGCUCUUGUGGAACAUCAGAGAAGUCACACAGGUGAGAGGCCAUUUCCAUGUUCUGAAUGUGGGAAAUGUUUUACACAGAAAUCAGCUCUUGUAAAACAUCUGAGAACCCACACAGGUGAGAAGCCAUUUCCAUGCUCUGAGUGUGGGAUAUGUUUUACAUGGAAAUCAACUCUUGUUAAACAUCAGAGAAGUCACAGAGGUGGGAAACCAUUUUCAUGCUCUGAAUGAGGGAAAUGUUUUACAUAUACAUCAGCUCUUAUUAUACAUCAGAGAAAAGCACAGAUGAGAAGCCAUUUCCAUGAUCUAAGUGGGAAAUAAAAUCUUGUUGCACAUUAUAAAAUAAAUAAAAUAUCCCUGAUGCAUAUGAAUCAAGUUUGCAGCAAUACAAAUUUUGCAUAUUAUACACAUUUUAUAAAUACACUUAGUAGAUAUCAAUAAAUGUAAAAGUGGUGUGCUUAAAGGUAUUAUAACCGCUUAGUAAUUGACAGCAUUGAAGGGACUGCAGUUAAACUUUACAUGCAUAGACAUGUAAAAUACCCCAAAUUAACUAGUGUAUAAAGAGGACCCACUUUGCUGUAUAACAGACUUUGCUACAUUGUUACACAAUCCCCAUGGGGGAACAUAAACAGCUACAGAGUUUGUAUAAAUGGGGAUAUGGUCUAAUGUCAAUGGGAAUAUAAUACAAGUUUAUGUGACUAAAACAUUCAGACCAUUCUCUACUGACUCUAUUCAGCGUGAUGUGCCAUUCCGGAAUAGCACAUUGUGGCUGCCGGCAUUACAGGUUUUCCCUUGCACCCCAUAGAGGUGUGAGAGAAAGCAAUGUCGUCUCUACCUUAAACAAAAAGUAUCAAUACAUUUAUUUUAUUUCCAACAGAUGGAUGCACAAGCAAGAACUCCCCUAAGCACUGUCUAUUAUUGCCUCCAGAUUCUAAAA